CCUCCCCCCACCCCAGGGAGGGCCGCUACAAUUUGUGGUUACAGCUUUACACGUCAGAAAAAAAAAAAAGUUUGCAGAAUGUCCCACACUGAAAAAAAAAAUCCGAAACCGAGCGAAAAAAACCUGCGAGUGGGCCUGGCGGAUGGGAUUAUUAAAGCUCCGCGGAGCCGCGGCUCGCCCUCCCACUCCGCCAGCCUCCGGAGAGGAGCCUCGCCCGGCGGCCGCCCCCAGCCCCAUGGACCUCCGAGCAGGGGACUCGUGGGGGAUGCUAGCUUGCCUGUGCACCGUGCUCUGGCACCUUCCUGCAGUGCCAGCCCUCAAUCGCACAGGGGACCCAGGGCCUGGUCCCUCCAUCCAGAAAACCUAUGACCUCACCCGCUACCUGGAACACCAGCUCCGCAGCUUGGCUGGGACCUACCUGAACUACCUGGGCCCCCCUUUCAACGAGCCUGAUUUCAACCCACCUCGGCUGGGGGCAGAGACUCUGCCCAGGGCCACUGUCAACUUGGAAGUUUGGCGAAGCCUCAAUGACAAACUGCGGCUGACCCAGAACUACGAGGCCUAUAGCCACCUUCUGUGCCACUUGCGUGGCCUCAACCGCCAGGCUGCUGCAGCUGAGCUGCGCCGCAGCCUGGCCCACUUCUGCACCAGCCUCCAGGGCCUGCUGGGCAGCAUUGCGGGUGUCAUGGCAGCUCUGGGCUACCCGCUGCCCCAGCCUCUGCCUGGGACUGAGCCCACCUGGGCCCCUGGCCCUGCCCACAGUGACUUCCUCCAGAAGAUGGAUGACUUCUGGCUGCUGAAGGAGCUGCAGACCUGGCUGUGGCGCUCAGCCAAGGACUUCAACCGGCUCAAGAAGAAGAUGCAGCCUCCAGCAGCUGCGGUCACUCUGCACCUGGAGGCCCAUGGCUUCUGAUCUUUGACCUUUACCACCCUCCCCCUUCCAACCCUGCUUCCACUCUGGGAAGGAGAAACCUGUAUGCCAACACUUGGUGAGCCAGGAGACAGAAGCUAUGAGCCUCUGGCCCUUCCCGGACUUGGAGGAGGGCAUGAUGCAAUAAGACCCAUCUCCUCCCUACUUCCCAAAGUUCUGCAGGUCUGGGGAAGAGGUGCAAUAGGCCCCACCCCAUUUCUACAGGAAGUAAUGCUCAAGGGAGCCAAAGUGGUUCGGGUUGGUGUACAGGCUCUCGUAGCCUCCUGCUUCUUACCCACCACUUGCCAGUGCCCAAACAGCCCCUCAGGUGGCACUUCCCAUAAGCAUCCCUGGAAGUCAGGGAGGGGCCACCACAGCAUGUGCCUUUCUCCGGUGAAGCCCUCGGCUGUCCCGUUCUCCUUAGAGGGGUGUUGCUCCCCUACCCCCAGUUAACAUCAUACGUUCAAUUCAGGAAACAAACACAGUGGCAAGUCCAGACAGGAAGAGAUGGGAUGAAAAUGGUAGAGGUGAGGUCUUCAUGGGAGGUAAUACUGAAAGCAGAGGGGCAGGGACAGACCAGACCCAGGGGUCACCAAGGUAAUUGUGGCACAGGGUGGCAACCAAAGGACCUUGUCUCGAAUUUUCUGGCCAGCAUCAUGGUGCCUCCUCUCCACCCCCUUUCCCAGGGUAUCUGUGGGUUGCCUAGCCUGGGGAGGGCAGCCAUAGCCACAGCCACAGGAUUUCCUGAAAGUUUACAUUGCAGUAGCAUUUCGGGGUGUGUGGGGCAGCUCCCCCAGGCCCUGCACCCCAGCCCCAACCACUCAUGACUCUGUUUGUUGUAUUAAUAUUUAUUUAUUUGGAGAUGUUAUUUAUUAGAUUAUAUUUAUUGCAAAAUUUCUAUUCUUGUAUUAACAAAUAAAAUGCUUGCCCCAGAA